CCUGCACCCGUCCCUUCAUUGCCGCCACAACAACACCAGCAACAAACAGGGCGGACACAGCGGCGAUACCUACUCCUCCUCCAUCGCCUCGACUGUGACCGAAGAAAAACCACAUCUCGAUCCUCAGUCGAUAACAUAGCCGGCACGUGCAUCUGCUCUCUCGCGUCGAGGACCGACAUUUGCAAAGCAUCAACACGCUCGUCUUCACUCUCUCCGACACCGCUUCGAUUCGUUGUAAUCCGCCAGGAUGGCCUCCGAUCCAGUCCAGGUUGCGACUUUGUUCGUGGAAUACUACUACAACUCGUUCGACCAAAACCGCGCCUCGCUGUCGUCCCUCUAUCGAGACUCGUCUGUGUUGACGUUCGAGUCGGCCUCCUUCAAAGGCGCCCAGGGUAUCAUCGAGAAGCUACAGAGCCUUCCCUUCCAGCAGAUCAAGCAUCAGGUCUCCACCAUCGACCCCCAGCCCGGCCUCGGCCCCGGCCACAUCUUGGUUCUAGUCACAGGCCAGCUCCUGGUGGAUGAGGAACAGCGGCCGAUGAGCUACGCUCAGUCCUUUUACCUUGUUCCUGAGGGACCCAGCUACUACGUCCACAACGACAUCUUCAAGCUUGUUUAUGGUUAGAAGAAGCACGCUGUCUAGUGACCCUCGGCGGUCUCUGCCGACCUGGAUGACGUUGAGUUUUCCGCCUGAACCCAUGCGGGCCCCCCUCGAGAGCUCGCUUCCUUUUGUUUUUUCACUAUAGAUUUGUCGACCGUGGAUCUGUUACGUGGACAUCUAUACCCUGCGAGGUUUGAACCCAAGUCUCUCUCUCCAGAUAGGUUGCGCAGAAUUCAUCAGUCCAUCCGUCACCCACGGCUUCGCCGGCCGCAUAUCCAUGAGCAGCACGCUGGGGUAUUGCCUAUUACUUAGUUAUACAGAGAAGUCCAAUAAAACCAAACACUUCUUCCCCCA